ACAUUUUUCGAUUCUAAACGUCACAUUUAAAGGGAUAGCUAAAAUGAAUUAUAUCCAGUUGUCUGUGUUCUGGGAUAUAUGCUAUAUUGUAUUAUUAUUAUUUUUUUAAAGCGACAUUAAAUGUAUUUUUAUCGAAAUAGAUGUACUUGAUCCAAUUUAAAAAGAUUAUCUUAUCUUUAUUUUAUUGUAAUAAGUCGUAUUUAAAGGGACAGUAUUGUUUGUUUUCUGUCGGUAGUGUAAAUCAGGGUCUCUUCCCCUUUAAGGCGCUUUGUAGAGUCAGAGAGGCCGAAUCUCCAGCUGAUCGUCAGUGAUUCUCAUUCUCACACCGUCUCUUCCACACGAUUCGCGCGUAUCCUAAGCAGAAUCAAACAUCUCUCUUAAAUAUCUUGCAAAUAUUAGUCCUAGUUUUUAAAGCAUCUUUGGCCGUGUCGUAUCUCGUCGCGGUCGCGCGAGGAUGAUGCCUGGAGCUCGCGCGUCUCUGGAUGCAGCGCGUGCAAAUGGAUGCGUGUGCGCGCGCGUGCCCUUGAGUUGAGCACCACCAGCAUGGGAUGUUUCUCCAUCACACGGCCGAUUGCAUAUUGAAACAAAAGCGCGGUGCUAUAAAAUAAGAGCAGAUGAUUAUUUUGACUCUUUAUUGUGCCGGAGAACACCGCUGGCGUGUCGUCUGUAAAGGAGAAAACGAGAUGAGAAAGUGACGGCGUGUUUGGAGGGGAAUAUCUGUAAUUGUGCUGCGCAUCAUCAGUGUGUGAAGAUGCCGAGGAGUUUACGCAGGCUGGUGCACUUGGUGCUCUUCUGUCCCUUAUCUAAGGGUUUACAGUCCCGCUUACCUGCAGUAAAGGUCAAGUACCUGUUGGUGGCGUGGUUUGGGAUUCUGGUGGCCAGCUGGGUGAUUUACAUGCAGUAUUCCUCUUAUUCCGAGCUCUGCAGAGGACACGUCUGUACCAUGCUCAUCUGUGACCAUUAUCGCAGAGGCAUCAUCUCGGGAUCAGUGUGUAAGUCUCUCUGUGAGGAGAAAACGCUGUCUUUUCAACACUGUCUUUCAACAUCACCAACACACCAGGUGUACAGUGCUGUGUGGAAGCAGAAAUCCUUGUUGGUGAAGUGUGGUAUUGAAGAGAGCAUGAGAGGAGAAACGGAUCCUGACACUCCACUACUGCAUGACAACAACCUCUAUGAUAAACCCACACGCGGAACAUCCAUGGAUGAAUUCAGAGCGAUGCUGCAUUCCUUCCUCAAGGACAGCGUUGGAGAGCAAUCGUCUCUUAGCACCCUUGUAACCCGUGUGAUUUCUCUUGCUGAUGUCAACGGUAAUGGCAAAGUUUCAUUAGCAGAGGCGAAAUCCGUGUGGGCUUUGCUUCAGAUCAAUGAAUUUGUUCUAAUGGUGGCACUGCAGGAUAAAGAACAUGCUCCUCACCUAUUAGGCUUCUGUGGAGACCUUUAUGUGACCGAACACGUAGCACACAGCGCCCUCUUCAGGCUGGAGGUGCCUGGCUGGCUGCAGCCAGUAUUUCCUGAGGCGCUAGGUGUCGCUCUAAACCAGUGGCUUGCUCCUGCGUGGCCCCGCAGGGCUCGAAUAACCAUUGGACUGCUGGAGUUCGUGGAGGAGGUGUUUCAUGGCGUUUACGGAAGCUUCUACAUAUGCGAUGCAAGCCCGAGAAGGGUUGGCUACAAUGCAAAUUAUGACUUCAAAAUGGCUGACCUUCAGAGCGUAGCAUCGGAGGCAACCAUCAAGGGGUUCCUGCGAGGGAGAACUUGCGAGGCAAAUGCCGACUGCACUUACGGGCGAGAUUGCACUGCGACAUGCGACCGAUUGGCAAGGCAGUGCAAUGUGGAGGUGGUGCAGCCCAACUUGGCCAAGGUGUGUGCGCUACUGCAGGACUUCCUACUCUUCGGAGCACCAUCAGACCUGAGGGAGGACCUAGAGAAACAGCUGCGCACCUGUGUGACUCUCAGUGGGCUUGCAUCACAGAUGGAGGUGCAUCAUUCCCUCGUUCUGAACAACCUCAAAACACUACUGUGGAAGAAGAUCUCGGAUACCAAGUACUCUUGAGACCAAUAUAGGGAUGAUCAAGAGAAAGGCAACGAAGAGCAGGAGAAUUGGAGACUUCCUGAAAGCGAAAGUGGGGUCGGCACAGCAGCCUCUGAAGGGGCCAACAGAACAGCUGAACUCUGCCAGCUACUAUGGACCUAAAAUCUGUUGACCAUCAAUCGUCUUUGAACAAGAAUAUAGUGUAUGCUCAGAAAGGGCAUACAUCCCCACCUACUGUUUUCAUCAAGCGAAUCAAACGAAGAUCCUUUAAUCCUAAAGAAACGCAUUCGGAAGACUUUUUUGUUCACCUUUACCCGAAAGAUUUACUGUGAAGUUAGGAACAAAAACAAUUGGAGAACAUUUGACUGUGCUACACCUUCCCAAAUUGUACUUUGAAUCCUACUUGGUCAACUUUUGGUUAAGGAUCUGAGCUGCAAGCACAAUAAUAGUAGGGUCAAAUCCAAGUAGAAGUAACCAAGGAAAGGAGAAAAGGAGAGAUUGGUCUUGCUCUACAUCCCCACCCUCUAUUUUAUUAGGUUUCAUUUUACGUUAUUCAUCUGAAAUCCCUUUAAAGCUAUAGAAAAACUAUUGGAAAAACUCUUUCCUUUGGCCGAAAUUUCCAAGGUGAAGUUAAGAGUCUAAUUAGGAACAAAGACAACUGAAAGACUUUCUUUGACCAUGCAAAACACCUUCCCAAAACCUUGAGUCCUGCUCGGUGAAGGACUGGUUAAAAGGAUUGUGGCUGCAAGCUCAAAGAUAAAAGGUUGAUUCCAUUAAUUAGUCACCCAAGGAAAGAGUUUGCAAGAGAACAGCCUUGCCCUACAACUGUAAUACCCUUAAGCAUGACCUGCAAUUUUUGGUUGCAACAGUUUUUGUGAGUUGCUUCUUGAAGGGUAAACUACAUCCACACCUGUUUUGACUUUAAACAUGGAACAAGAGGGAUCUUUAGCAACGUUUGGAAUUUUAAGUCAGGACUCUACGCCAAAACCUGCAACUCAACCAAGACGUCAACGCUGUAAUGAGUAUGAGUUAAAGGAAUGAGUAAAGGUUAUAUUUAGCCUAUGUCUUUUUACAGAGUGUGUGUGUAUUCUAGGAGGAUGCUUUAUCUCAUGUUGUAGUUUUACAGGAAGGACAUUCCUUUUCUGAGCGGUCUAAAGCAUUUGUGAUGGGAUUUGCUAUGCUUGAACGGUGAGAUUACUUACUGUGUUUCUCAGGGUAUGUGGGUUUAUGUUUGAACGUGUUUCGAAAAUGAUUACUAUUAAAGGGAUAGUUCACUCAAAAAUAAACAUUUUGUUAUAAUUUACUCCCCUCACACUCAUGUUGUGUCAAACUUGUAUGUGUUUCUUUGUUCUGUUAAACACAAUAGGAUAUUUUAAAGCGACACUGUGUGAUUUUUACCCCCAUCUAGCGGUGAAAAGGUAUAUGACCACCCAGUGAAUAUUAGUUUCUGUUCCUCUC